AUGGAGGGACUCUUCACUUUGCUCGCUUUGAGCAUUGUGAUGGCAAUUACAUCCUUCGUUGUCGGCUCAUUACCGCUCGCUUUCACCCUUUCCCCCUCGCAGUUGCGAUUAAUUUCUUCCCUUGGAAUGGGAGUUUUGGUUGGGACAUCUUUGAUUGUUAUUAUUCCGGAGGGUGUGGAAACUCUUUACAGUGCGAACUCGCAUAAUGAUCGAAAAGGUCUCAGCACUCGUUCAAUAACGGCCGUAGAAUGGCAACACCGAUCAUUUCCGGCGGUCGAUUUCUCCAACUCGAACAAGGAAGCAGAUUCUACACAUCCCCCGGCCAUGUCUUCACCGGAGACAUCUACCUUGGCACCCACACUUCCACUCAUACGGACAGUGCACGUUACCCGCGACGACCAACCUGAAUUGCGGCAGCGAGAGGAGGAGGGUGGGUCGAAUAAGGAUGAACAUAAUGGAGAUAAAGAAGAGAACUCUUCACAUGCUUGGAUUGGAGUUGCCCUGAUCAGCGGUUUUAUCCUGAUGUACCUCAUCGAUAAACUACCCGAUUUCGCAACGCCUUCAAAGCAACAAAGACCGCCCUACCACAUUUCUCUGGACAAUCUGGGAUCCGGAUUGCGACGCAACCCUUUCCCCUCCAGAGAAGGAGGUUUGUUGGACGCCGGCAGUACCUCUAGUCGAAGUCAUAGCUUUGCGACAACCACCGGUCUCGUCAUCCAUGCGGCAGCUGACGGCAUCGCUCUGGGUGCAUCUACCUCCGAUACCGGGUUGAGUUUUAUCAUCUUCCUGGCUAUUAUGGUGCACAAAGCUCCCGCGUCUUUUGGUCUUACAUCGGUGCUGCUCAAGCAGGGCGUGUCGAGUCGGACCGCGAGAGCGCAUCUGGUGGUCUUCAGCCUGGCGGCUCCCUUUGGCGCACUGGCAACAUUUCUUUUCAUGCGGAUCGUGGGCUCGGGCUCUAGCGGUGACGAGGCAGCCACUUUGUGGAGGACUGGAAUGUUGUUGUUAUUCUCUGCUGGAACUUUUCUUUACGUUGCCAUGCAUACAAUGCAGGAGAACGGCCCGAACUUGGAGUUGCGCGAACUACCAAUGAAUGGAUAUGGCGAUUCCAGAGACAUCCCUAUUGAAUCCGACAAGUCCAUGCGCGAUCUGGUCGCUUCUGUCAUCGGCAUGAUACUGCCGCUGUUUUUGCAACUCGGUCAUGCUCACUAA